AUGGAAACGAUCAAUGUUGUAAUUGAUGAUGCACCAUCCACUCAAACACAGGAUGUAGAAACAGAUGUUGAACCAUCCCUUGACAAUUCUAAUGAGAUGACACAAAGUGAAAAGUCUAAAUUAAAAGGUGAGGAAUCUGAUCAAGACUCUGUACCUGUCCCAGUAAAAGCACCAUCUAUUAGGACACAGAAGAAUCAUCCUAAAGAUCUAAUCAUAGGUGAUCCAGACCAGGGCAUUGCUACCAGAAGGAAUUUUGAUGCUAUCUCAAACACUUGCUUUUCUGAUACUGUUAAAUCUAAGAAGAAGAAACCCCAAUCUCCCGUAAAAAGGGGUUUGAGCAUGUCUGAACUGUACUUGAGUAAGAACCCUUCUGAAACUGCGAAUGUGGAAUCGCAUGGUGCUGCCUCCGGCAAAAAUGCGAAUGUUGAAUCGUCUAGUAAAGCUAAUGAAGAAAGUGCUAAGUCUGUUUCUGAAAAGGUCAAUCAAGAAACCCCCUCUGCACAGGAAAACCCUAGUUCUGUUGAAACCCUAGGAAAAACCCAAAAUAUUGCUGAGAAUGUUACUGUGACCAAUAAUUCUAGUGGUCCUGAGAAUAUGGCAGUUCCUACGAAUGUCAUAACUGAUGUUGCUGAAAAACCCCAAGAAAAGGCUGUUGUAACCGAUGCGCCAACUGGUGUUGAGUCACCCUCUAUACCAACUGAUGCUGAGAAGGAUGUUGAACCAUCAAAAGGAGAUUCUAGCCCACAUGCUAACACUGCCACUGGGUCGUUUGGCAGUGGAUCUAAUACUGAAGCUUCCACUGAAGAGGAAGUAAACAAAGAAAGUACUCCUGAACAAGUGGCUGACUCUGAGCCAGAGAAUGAAGCUGGUGAGGAUUCUAAGAAAACCACCAAUGAAGAACAGAACAUAGUGGAUGUUGAUGAAGUCCCCUCUGAAGAAGAUCUGGAAUCUCCACCUACUCAGAAAGGAAUUGGGAGAAGACUGAGAAGCAGGACUACUACACCUGCACCUGCUGUUACCACUACCCCUGUUGUCACCAAGAAAACAAAGGACACUACUCUGAAGCCUGUCAAGUAUGGUCCUAAGAAAGGAUGGAGCAAGUCUAUACCUCCUCUUGAGAAGAAAAAGGGUGUGCUGAAAAGGAAGAAUGCACCAUCAGGUGACUCUGAUUUUGAAGCUGAAAAGGAUGACUCAAGCAUCAAGCCUCCUGCUAAGAAGGCUAUGUCUGCUAAGAAGGCCAUGCCUCAAGCUGCUGCCCCUGACACUGAAGACUUCCCUUGUGACAAUGUUUCAUUUCAUCUUCCAUCCUAUGCUCAACGAUGGGGAAUAAUAUGCAGAAGAAGAUUGGCUUUGGAGAGGGAACUAGGCAAGGAUAUUCUAGAGUGUGAAGAGAUUGUGAGCUUGAUCAAUGAUGUUGGAUUAAUCAAAACUGUGUGGGGCUUAGGCUCUUGCUAUGAGAAGCUGUUUAGGGAGUUUGUUGUCAACAUUCCUAUAGAGGUAUCUGACAACGUGGUCUGUAAAACCAUCACAGCUAAUAAAGUGAAAACCUGGCCAAAGAAGGAGAAGGUACCUGCAGUGAAGCUGACCCAAAAGUAUACUAUCCUGAAUCGUAUUGCAUCUGUCAACUGGGUCCCUACUACACAUGCAUCUGAUAUUGCAACAAGUCUGGGUAAGCUCAUUUAUAUGAUUGGUACUGGUACAAAAUUUAAUGCUGGUCAAUAUAUCUUUAAUCAAGUUGUGCAGCAUGCUAAGACCUCUGUCUCCAAGCAACCUAUUGCUUUUCCAACAUUGAUCUGUGACAUCAUCCUGUCCCAACAUCCUCAUAUAAGGCAUGAGGGUGAGUCUGCUAAGAAAAGGGCAACUCCUCUUGCCAUUCAUCAGAAGCUGUACAGUAAACAGCAUGCUCCAGAUAUUGUUGGACCAUCAAAUGCUGCUGCUGAUACUCCUAUGACAAGGAAGGAGAUGAUUGCUAUGCUGGAAGCAAACUGUAAGGAGCUAGAUGAAAAGAAGUUGCAGUUUGAAAGGAUGAUACAUGCUCUCAGGGUUGAAGAGGCUGCAGCUCAAGCAGCUGAUGCAGAGGAUGAUGGUACUAGUGGUGAGAAGAAGCUGACUCAGAUGCUGAAGGAGAAGAAAUUCCCAUUUUGUCUAUUUUGUGGCUAA